CAUGAUGUGCGCGGGACGACGACAGCCUUUUCUUCCAGCACCCAUUGAGACGGGUCAAAAUCACUUAUAAAACACGCACGGACAAAGAAAGGACAUAUGUUUUAUCUUCGUGCACAGGAUGGAUCGGGGACAAAUCGGACGUCUGGAACUUGGGAAGUGCGCAUUGACCGUUAAGAACAGUGCAUCUGCAGCUUUUAAGUAGAAUGGAGUUGCACUAAACACAGUUGAGUUCUGGAUGUAUAUUGAUGUGAGAACGCAUCAGAGAGAAGUAUGGAAGACUUUGUUUGUUGGCAGUUAAGUGAACCUUUGCCCAAGUGCGUGAUGACAGAAGAAAAUGUUUUUCUAAUGUCUUUUGUGAAAUGCGCAUCUCUGGUUGGUUCUCAAGCGCAUUUUCUCCGGUUCUGGACCGCGGUGUGAACUGGAAACGUACGAUUAUCUGCUGUCAUUAACGAGGACAAAUCACACGGACGCGGCGGAAAUCCGAUCGAUAGACUGUACCGAGAAGCUCAUAUAUAGGCUAAUGAUCGUGCCUGCCUAUGUUUGCUUAACCUGUUUGGGAGAGUGUGCUGUGGGACUGUGAAUAAACUGCUGACGAGGUACUGAAUGAAACACUCUUCAUUAGACACUAACAAAAUUAAGGAUCUUGAUUUUUUUUCUUCAUUUUUAAACAACCAUGCUCAUCGAGAAAGUGUGAAAUUAUGAUAUAUAUUUUAAAAGAUGACUUCUACAGUCAGCAGAGCGAUGGAUGGUCCACAUCAACCAGUUGCUCGGCUGUACGUAGCUGCUUAGUUCCCAGUGUGAGCACUCUCAGUUUGGACACGAUUUGGAAUUAUGGGGUGACUGCUCAUUCCACUCGGUGAAAAAGCCAUGGAUGUGAAUUACUCCACGGUUCUGGACAGCAGUGUAUCCCAGCGUGAUUCAUCCAAGCGAGUUUUGACUGGUUGUUUCCUCUCGUUGCUCAUCCUGACCACCCUGCUGGGCAACACGCUGGUCUGCGCUGCGGUCACAAAAUUUCGCCACCUCCGCUCCAAAGUCACCAACUUUUUUGUUAUAUCGCUGGCUAUCUCAGACCUGCUGGUGGCCAUUUUGGUGAUGCCAUGGAAAGCGGCGACCGAGAUAGUCGGCUUCUGGCCGUUCGGCGCCUUCUGCAACGUCUGGGUGGCCUUUGACAUCAUGUGUUCCACCGCCUCCAUCUUGAACCUCUGCGUCAUCAGCGUGGACCGCUACUGGGCCAUCUCUAGCCCAUUCCGCUACGAGCGCAAAAUGACACCAAGGGUGGCGUUCAUCAUGAUCAGCUUGGCGUGGACACUGUCCAUCCUUAUCUCCUUCAUUCCCGUGCAGCUGAACUGGCACAAAGCACAGGCGACCAGCUACACAGAGCUGAACGGAACCUUCGGCGAGCUACCCCCGGACAACUGUGACUCCAGCCUUAAUCGGACGUACGCCAUCUCUUCUUCGCUCAUCAGUUUUUACAUCCCCGUGGCCAUUAUGCUGGUCACCUACACCCGAAUCUACCGCAUCGCCCAGAAGCAGAUACGCCGGAUCUCCGCCCUGGAGCGAGCGGCGGAGAGUGCCAAGAACCGCCACAGCAGCAUGGGAAACAAUGCAAGUAUGGAGUCUGAAAGUUCUUUUAAGAUGUCCUUCAAGCGUGAAACCAAAGUUCUCAAAACCCUGUCGGUCAUCAUGGGCGUGUUUGUGUGCUGCUGGUUGCCCUUCUUUAUAUUGAACUGCAUGGUUCCCUUCUGCAACCCCAAUGAGAGCGGAGACUUCCCGUGCAUCAGUUCCACCACCUUCGAUGUCUUCGUCUGGUUCGGUUGGGCCAACUCCUCGCUCAACCCCAUCAUCUAUGCCUUCAACGCUGACUUCCGAAAAGCGUUCUCCAUCCUGCUGGGCUGCCACAGACUCUGCCCCGGGAGUAACGCUAUAGAGAUUGUGAGUAUUAACAACAACGGGGCAUCUCAGUCUGCUUCUCACUAUCAGCCUAAGGGCCACAUCCCUAAAGAGAGCAGCAACAGCAACUUUGUCAUUCCACACAGUAUCAUUUGCCAGGAAGAGGAGACCCAAAAAAGAGAAGAUGACUCUGGGAUAAAGACCUUUGAGAAACUGUCUCCGUCCCUGUCGGCCAACUUGGAUAGCGAUGCUGAUGUUUCCCUAGAAAAGAUCAACCCCAUAACCCAAAACGGGCAGCACAAAUCCGUGCCAUGAUGAGUAUGUCUGGUAACACAUAACAGCUGCAAAGAAUUGCUUGGUAUUUAUGUCCCCCUAAAAAACAGCUUCACAGAGAACCUUAAAAACAUUUUUUGGACUAACUAAAUGAAACUUGUAGAAAACAAAAGAAUGUUCCAAUUGAAGGCACUUUAUGCUGGAUAACUAUCUGCAAAAUUUUGGCAGCGUUCAUUAUUGACGUUAACAGGUCAGUCGUCACAAGACAUGAACAGAAAGUAAUGUGAACAAACCAUGUGAGUUUAUGUAUACAUGUUAUGCAUUUUAAAUGUGUAUACAUGUGCACGACUCUCCGGUGAAGCUGUUAAUACAAAAAGAGUUAGUAGUUCAUUAGUAAAUAUCUUGUAGGUGAGCGGUUACAGCUCACAAGUAGAGGUAUUUGGUUGCCUCUACUGUCGAGAAUACAAUGUACAUAGUGUUGUUUAUAUUUUUCACCGUUUAUCAGAGUUGGCUAAGUCAACAGCUCCUUACGCUGCUAGUUGUGAUCAUUGUAUUCCAGCAAACAGGUAUACGUGCAAACCACCCCAUAAUGUGACAGAGAGCCUGUUUCAGUCUUCUAUGUGCUUUGGUGUGAUCGCAGAAACGGGAACGGCUUUUCUGCCCUUUGAUUUAUCAGAUGGAGAAGUGGCCAUGAUAUUUGGAUGUAAUUUUUCACAUUUUUGUGUCAGAAACCGCUUCCAUCCCCAACCCUCUCCCAUGUUGUCAACCCUUUGCUUGUCACCGCGCAAAACAGCACAGGGCGAGAUAUAAUCCCAGCGUAAUCUCGUCGGUCAUUACUGACACUUCUAUUGUCAUUACUUUCCCAUUUCAAGCGCUUCGAAGGGUAAAAGGAGCCAUGCGUAAGAGGCCUGUCAAUGUAUUAGUAUCCAUCACAUGGUUUAGUUCAACUGUAGGCUUUCGUCUUUGAAAGAUGCCUGAUGUGGAUUAGUAGCUAUUUCAGCCUCUCAUUAAUUUCAUCCACUAUAAAUGUACAAAAGUUGUUCUGGGCACCAUGACUGCCUUUAAAAAAGAAAAAAAAGAAAGAUGUCUUUUUUUCGCCAACUCUAUGUGAAUGAACUGUGAUCUUGAACAGCGUGAAUUAGCGUUAGUGUAUAACAUCAUUUUUUUGUUAUUGUAUCUUAUGCAACGCAUCCGUCCAACCACCCAGAAAGCAAUCGACAUAUUGUGACCUUUCUGAAAGCAGUGAACACCAUAGGAUGCCCUCCGUAGUACUUCCUAGUGCUUCAAAGCCUAUCUAGUUUGAAAACAAGUGCAGAGUUCUGUCUCUGAGCUGUUAUGCCAGCUGUCGGAUGGGAGAUUAGGAACAUAUGUCGCCAUCCUUAGAUACAGUAUGCCAUGAAACAAUUGAACCAAUUUAUCUCAGCCGUUCUUUGUCCAAGCAAAUUCUGUGAUGUAUGCACCGCCGUCCUACUUUUAAUAAUUUGUUGAGCUGUUUUGUAAGGUUAUGCAACUGCCCUUGAUCUAAGUUAAUUCCAGGCCCUGCGCUUCCCAUGAACAUCAGGAUUUGACACACAUGGGCUUGUUCUCAGAGUGCAUUAUAAAAGAAAUCUCAAGCGAAAUGCAAACCAACAUGAUUACUGUAAAUCAAUGACGAUAGAUUUCCCCUUUUGCGGCUGUUGUUGGAAAUCAAAUAGGCACUCGCUGAUACUUAAGUGAUGCCAAAAUGCUGAAGUGAUCCCGAUUAGCAAUCUUGUCCAGCUCUCUGAUCUCCUUUCCUCUCCAAAUGCUUUGUGCUUUGAAAUCUCGACAGAAUUAACUUUGACUGUUCGAUCUAUAUGAAUUGAGGUUUUAAACCUAAACGAGACAGAUAAAUAGAAACUAAAGUAAACAUACUUUUCUAAAAUUGGUCAUUUAUCCGCUCCAGGGAUUUUUCCAUAAAUCAAUGUUUAUUCUCUCUGCUUGCCAACAACCCCCUCUUCACAAUGCUGCUAUGGAAAUAUUCAUCUUUAGCUUCAGAAAGUUUGAUAAUUUUGGCUUUUGAAACGACACAUAAUCUAUUCCCUCCAAUGGGGCCAUUAGCAUUUAAAACGUGCCACCGUGACCUUCGGAAAACUCCCGGGUGUUUUUUUUCUUAAACAACAAAUGCUAAGGUAUUCCCAGUAACACUCGCCGAACCUUGUGUUGUCCUUUAAUUAGAUGUGAAUAAAAAAGCACGGAGCCAAGUUCUCAUUUUCUUUCUUACCAAAGAUUGCAGGUCUUUUGAAUUAGCAGGUGUUGAUUUAUACAGUUAUGGACCAGAAACCAGUGAUUUCAACUAGAUUGUUGUCAGUCCCUUGAUGAAAAUGACAAUCGGUGUCAAUUGCAACUGUGUACAGUACUGUGCGAGGGGUAGAUUUUCUUUUUCUAUGUCUUGCUUGAUGGGGCCAGUACAAGGCCCUUCAUCAGCUGCGUUGGACCACGAUUUUUUAGGGGUUAUUUUGCACUCUUUCCUCAGAUACUCGACCAAGAAGCGCAUUGUAACAUAAACAGGAGAAAACAUAAACUGUGUUGUAAGAUGUUAUAAUAAAGAUGUGAACACAAGUGCUUUAUAUCUUGAAGUCCUUAAUGUGAGUAGAGAAUACAAAUGUAUGUGUUUUUCUCAUGUGGGUUUGUCAUGCAGUAAAAGUGCCAUACUUUUACCGUACAGUUAUCAUAAUUUUGCCAGGUGAAACGUGUUCCUGGAUUAAUAAACUUAAAUUGGUCCUGGAAUUAUAUUUUUGUCAUACAAACAUAACCGUAAGGCCAUUUCUGCUUGACAGGGAUGUUGUUCCUGCACCAAUAUGAAUGUUGAUACAGUAACAAAACCUACUUGGCAAUAUUACGGUCACUAUACAGUUUCAUAUGUGUGCUUCAAGUUUUACCCAACAAAUUUAUUACAGUAACUAGUUUACAGUUUGUAUAAAAUGGUCCCUUUCUAUUUGCUAAAU